GUUGGGGGGUGGAGGUGGCAGUAGCUAUUGGGAAGGGCACCCCAGGUAGCAGAAACAGCAACAUAGAGACCUGGAGGACAGGCUCCCAACCAGAGGUGGGUCACGAAGGGCUUUGCCAGUCAUGCCUGGGGGUGGAGCCUUCAUUCGUAGAUGUUAUUAAAGACCUUCUAGGGGGCUUUAAGUGGGGAGACACAUCGGAUUUGCAUUUUAGAAAGGUUGCUGUUUCUACACACUCUUUCACUGUAAGGAGCAAGACAAGGCCAGGAAACCAGCUGGGAGACUGCUGGAUUCAUCCAGGUGAGACAUGAUGAGACUUGAACUAGGGCAGCAACAAGAAAGAGGAAUGAAGGUUGGAGAUGGAUUUCAGAGAUACUUAAGAGGCAGAAAGGACAGGAGGCAGUGGCUGAUUUGGUGGUUUUGCCAUGUGACUUGGUUGGGCCAAUAAGAUGUUAGUAAGCAUGACUUAACCACUUAACCACUCUUGAAAAGCACUGGUACAGUUGGGUUGCUUGCUCUUGGGCCUCUGCCCUUGCCACGAGAAGAAGGUUCCGGGGACUAGACUGCCGGGCCCAGGAGAAGGAGAAGAGGCAAGUGGAGCAGAGCCACCCCAGCCAAGCACAGUACAGAGCCCCCGGAUGACUCACAGUCUCAUGAUUGAGGCCAGACAAGACCUGCUAACCCACAGGCAUCAGUCGGCCCUAUUUGGAGCCAUGUCUUCGGCCGAGCCCCUGACAGCGCUGUCCCGCUGGUACCUGUACGCCAUCCAUGGCUACUUCUGCGAGGUGAUGUUCACGGCGGCCUGGGAGUUCGUGGUGAACUUUAACUGGAAGUUCCCGGGGGUCACGAGCGUGUGGGCGCUCUUCAUCUACGGCACGUCCAUCCUCAUCGUGGAGCGCAUGUAUCUGCGCCUGCGCGGCCGCUGCCCACUGCUGGUGCGCUGCCUCAUCUACACGCUCUGGACCUACCUGUGGGAGUUCACCACCGGCUUCAUCCUGCGCCAGUUCAACGCCUGCCCCUGGGAUUACUCCCAGUUCGACUUUGACUUCAUGGGCCUCAUCACCCUGGAGUACGCCGUGCCCUGGUUCUGCGGGGCCCUCAUUGUGGAGCAAUUCAUCAUCCGCAACACUCUCCGCCUCCGCUUCGACAAGGACGCCGAGCCCGGGGAGCCCAGCGGCCCCCUGGCCCUGGCCAAUGGCCACGUCAAGACUGAUUGAGUCGGGGGCUGGUGGGCGGGGCCUUGGGGGCUCUCAUGGACCCUGUGGACAAGGGUACCAAGCUGGCGGGGCUGCCCUCUCUGUGCAGCACAAGCCCUGCCCAGUAGGGCACACACACGACCCCCAUACCCUCCACUAUGGGUGGGGGUUGGGGGCGUGCCCAGGUGUUGGGGGUGGGGUGUGGGGGCGGCAGAGGAACUUCUGGAAGGGUCUGUGGAUCUCAGCCCAGCUCAGCGGCUAGAGGCGGGAGGCCAGCGGCUAUGCACCGACUGGACUAUGUGGGUGACCUCGGAAGCACCUGUCCUGGUUAAGGCACUCAGAGAAUGGGGCAGAAGGCGGGAAGCAAGGCCUGAGGAGGCUUUGGGCUGCUGCAGCGGCCUCCUGCCUCCCUCUCACCUGGUUUAGUUGGGCUUGGCUGGUUCCAUUAGGCAAUAUUCAGGUGCUUGCUUGCAACCAAUACCUCCCCUCGGGGGCCUGCUGAGCUGCAGCCUAAGGAGAGACAGGGCAGCCUGGAGGCUGCUUGGCAGAAGUGCUGGUCUUCAAGGCCUGGGAGGCCUUCCCUUGGCUCCUCUCCCCUCCCCCAGGACCCCACACUGCUCCCUUGGCCUUCUGGGGCGCUCCCCGCUGGUGCUGGAUUCCCACCAACCUUGGGCUUUUGGAGGUUUCAAUCCCUGUGUGUUCGGUGGUGUUUCCCCCCUUUUCUCUCUUAUUUUCAAAGCCUUUACCACUAGCAGCCCCUCUAUCCUUGUCAACCACCCCACCUGCUCCCACUCCUAACUCCCUAGCCAACACAGCAGCUGCCAGAGAUAGAACCCUGAGCAGACACCUCCCUCCCUCUUGCAGCCUUCCCGCCACGAUUUCCAGUGGCCUGAUGCCUGGGAAGUUCCCCAUUAGGCCUCCCCACACCCCUGGCCAGGUAGGCUGUGGCAGUGUCUCUGGUGCUCUUCAACAUGCCACCUCCCUGCGGUGGCCCGGCUAGAAACGAGUGAGACCCCCAACACACAGGCAGGCCAGGAUGGGCCCCACAGAACCGCAGUGGGGACCUAGAGACAAAUCAGUUCAGAGUGGGGGUGGGGGCGGUAAAGGCACCCAACUGGUUUAUUUUCAAACCAAUCAGGGGCUAGAUAGCUUUCAAGGGAAUGGAGGAGCAGGUAUCCAGUGUUGGAGAGCCAUGGAGGACGAGUGAUGGAGAAAAAGAAGAGGGUCUUUGAAGCCUCCUUAGUGGGAAGGGGUCAGUUCUGGAUCUGCCAUAGCCCCAGCCCUGUAGCAAAAGCCCCUCGGGGCUACCCCCUCCCCACCCCUCCCAGAAAGGCUGACCCUCUGAGCUUGCUCCUUAAACAAUAUUAAUCCUGCCAUGCCCAUGGGCACUGUCAUCUCGGUUGCCCGCCUUCCCCCGUGACAGGUCCAUUGCUGGCAGUGGACAGGUGAAAUCCUAAUUGCAGCCCACUUCCGGCUUUGUCCCCACCCCCGAGGGGAGGGGUCCAUCAGAACGCAGCCUAUCGCCUGGUACAUGGUCUCUUCCUGACCACCUUACGACUCAUAGGUAGAAAUUAGCCUUUCCCUUUUUAUAGAACAUUAAAAGUGAUAAUACCACCCGUGGAGAGAUUCUCCUCUUCUUGCUGUGCUGCUCCACCUAGACUGUGCAGACAGCACCAGCCAGGGUACAGGCUAGGGCCAGGGGUCAGGGUAGUGGUUGCUGGGGGUGGGUGGAGUGGGGUCCCAGUUUGGGAGAAAGGCUAGGAGACUGCCUUUGGCAGGUUUGCUUUCUGCGGUUGACCUUGUCCAGUACAAGAUGAAGGGCGAUUUCCAGCCUCAAUGUCCCGGGCAGGCUCCUCAGGUCCAGGCACGAACUACAUUUUGUAGGGGUUAACCCUACCUUGAUUUUCCCCAUGGCCUCAAUUCCAAGGCUUUGGGACUUCCAGAUGCAGGCUUCCAGUGGGGAUCAAUUACUUUCCUUCUACAGGUGGAGGGCAUUCCAGAGGAAGAAUAUUGUCUGGUUCCCUGUUCCCUCUGGGUAAUUGUUUUCUUGGUUUUUUCCCCCUGCUCCAUGGUGUCUCUGUCUCCUGGACCCCAACUCCCCUCCAAGCCCCCCUGUGGGCCCUUGGACCACACCACUCACCUGUGCUCUCCUCUCCACAACAGAAUCUGGUGGUCCGCUUGUUGAUGUCUCCCAGCCGGAGGCCUCCACAAUUCUCUGCCAGAGCAAGCCCUUGGAUGGCCCGCUGGGUUUGGCUGUUCAGAUGUUGCCCUGUCCGUGCUCCCUGGCACCAUCUCUCUGGGCCAUAUAAAUGCCCAAGUACAGGAGGUCCUCAAGUAAAUCUGCCAGCCUGGCAACAUGCAGAGCAGUGUGCUUUUGCUUCAUCCAGGUGCCCCAUGGCUCCUGUAGUCCCUCGUAGGGCACAGAGCCCCCAGAAAAGGGAGGGGAUGACCUGGAGCUUGUCCACAGGAUCUGCAGGCUCAGAGCUCACCAGACGUCGCCCAGAUUGCAACUCUUGCUUUUUGGGUUUCUUCAGGGCCUCAAUCCCUUAGUGCCCAGGGACUCAAAAUUAGGAGGAAUCUCAGCCCUGCAAAGCAGGAGAUAAUCUGCUCACUGUUCAUGAACGUCUGGUGUCCUGGGCCUCCCUCCACUGGACAUGACAGUGUCUCUGAGUCACAGGUCACCACGUGCUGCCCUGCAUGAUUGAAUCGCUUCUGAUGUCUGCUAGGCAUCCUGUCCCUUAUACCCUGUCCCCUCUGAUGCCAGUGAGUCACAAUGGCCUAUGCUUAUUCACAGCAAUAAUACCUAGGGAGUGUCCAUGGAGUCCUUUUGUCCUGGUCCCUCGCUUUCUGCAUGGGUCUCCUGGGGAGGCAGCCACUGAGUGGAUCAGUUUGUGAGAACCUGUUUUUAUGAAGCUCUGGGCUAAGCAGAUGUCAUCACAGGGGAUGCAGAAAGGUGGGAGGCCCAGCCCUGGAGGAGCUAUGGGUAAGGCAGGGAGAGUUACCUUCCACCGUGAGGCCACCCCGGGCCUGGAGAAGCUGCAGGUCCCUGCUCUGCAGAAGAGCCUUUGAGUUGGGUGGGCCUGUCUCCCAGCUACGGCAGCUCUUCAGAAGGACACAUGACUGGUUUGUGCGCCCAUUGCCUGCUCCGUCUCCAUUGGUCUCUUUGUCUCUUUCUUUUCACAUUCGUGCACAUAAAAUAUACUGGUGUUUGUGUUCCAGGA